CUUACUAGCAACCUCAUCAAAAAAAUGUGACGAUGGUUUGAUAGCCUCUUAUAAUAUAUCAAAAUUAAUUGCUAAGUUGGGGAAAGCUCAUACCAUCGGCGAAGAGUUGAUACUGCCAGCUGUCAAGGAAGUUUUAGAAACGGUUUUACACCAUCCAGCUGCACCUAAUGUUAUAAAAAAUGUCCCAUUAAGCAAUGAUACAGUGCGACGAUGAAUUGAUGAGAUGACUGAAGAUGUUGAAGCUUCCUUAUGCAAACUUUUGAUACCCACCGAGUUUUCUCUUCAGGUUGAUGAAUCAACCUUGCCAAGUACUAAUGAGGCUUUACUGUUAGUGUACGUCCGGUUUGUGAAGGAAGGAAAAAUUAUUCAAGAGAUGCUUUUUGCAAGAAGCUUGAUUGCAGAUACUAAAGAUGAAUCUAUUUUUAAUACUGUCAAAGAUUAUUUUAAAGAAAAAAAUAUUCCUCUUGCGAACAUUAUGUCUGUUGCCAUCGAUGGAGCUCCUGCAAUGGUGAGUCGUCAUCGUGGGUUCAUCACCCUUUUGAAGAAAGAGGUACCAGGUAUUUUAGCUGUUCACUGCAUGAUUCAUAGACAGCAUUUAGUUGCAAAAAACCUCAGCAACCAUUUGCAUCAGUCAUUACAAUAUGUCAUCUCUGCUGUGAACAAAAUUCACAGUAAUGCUCUCAAUAAUCGAUUAUUCGGGCAGCUGUGUAAGGACAAUGAUGAAGAAUUCAAUCGCUUGCUUCUACACACCAAGGUUCGCUGGCUUUCCAAAGGCGCCUACCUCAAUAGGUUCUGGAAUCUUUUCGACUCUGUACUUGAGUUCCUCGAAGAGAAGGAUGUAGCUCUGAGAGACAGAUUGCUACAAUUUAAGAUUGAUACUUCUUACACCCCCGGAGUUCACAUCGAUCGUUACAAAAGGAAACCCUAUCCAUACGUCGUGUUGGCGAUCCCACCUUGGAUUAGAACCCGCGAGUGCGUCCUGAAGCGGAAAAAGAAAGAGAUCAGCAAUGAAAAUCUACCUUUUAACCACCUUCCCGACCGUAGUUGCAAAACACAGUGGUUAAGCAGCGCCCAUUAUUGCAACAUGAGCGGAAGACCGGAGCGAGAGGAUGACUGCAGACUGCAGUUCGAACAAGGUAAAUUGCCAAGAGUAUUCAAAGGAGGAAGACGGUGCAAACUUCCGGGUAAUUUAAAAAAAGCCCGGCGGAAUCCACGAGGAGGAUGCCGGACUCCGUGCAAUUUGUAG